GUCAUUUGGGCAGGGCUGCCCCAUUCUACAUAAGACCCUUGCCAGAACUAUUUCAGUUACUCUUCUUCACAGCUGGAUUGGGAUUCUACUGCUGCUGCUGCUGCUUUGGACAAGGACAACGAGAUGUCGCUCGCUCACUCUGCGGCGCAGUACAUGCUGUCGGACUCUCUGAUCCCGGAGGGGAGCGGGGACUCACGGCUCAAGGCACUGGCUCUGGAACUGCCCCUUGAUCGGAUCAUCAAGUUCGUGUCUGUGGGGCUGCCCCUGCUGCUUGUGUCCAUGGCCUUUGCAAGAGAAAUCUCCUUCGGUCCUCAGAUCACCUGUUUCCCCCCACACAACUUCACGUCAAAGCAGGCAGGCUAUGUGGAUACCUACUGCUGGGACUCCCUGAUACACCAUGAGUUUGACAGUGACGGCAACUUCGAGGAGCAAUCGCUGUGGGUGCACAAGAUGUUCCCCUACUCCCUGCUGGUGAUGGCAGUGAUGAUGUACAUGCCCGCUCUGCUCUGGCGAUUGCUGGUAAUGCCAUGUCUGGGGGCUGACCUGCUCUUCAUCAUCGACGAGCUCGAUAAAUCCUACAACCGCUCGGUGCGCCUGGCACAGUCCAUCCUAGAGCUGCAGCAGAACAGUCCUGACCCUGCCAGCUUCGCAGCUGAGCUGGAGAGGGCGAAGCGAGAGCGCUACUUUGAGUUCCCUUUGCUGGAGCGCUACCUGCAGGCCAAAAAGCACUCCUAUUUCCUGGUGUGCAUGCUGUUCCUGCGCAGCUUCCUGCUGCUGCUCUUCAUCUCCGCUGCCUGCCUCUACCUCGUCUAUUUCCACCUGUCUGCCUUCCUGCAGGACGAGUUCAGCUGCUUCGUCAAGACCGGCCUCCUGCGAGACGAGCCCUGGGUUCCUGAGCUGAUCCAGUGCAAGCUCACCGGGCUGCUGGUCUUCCAGAUCGUCAGUGUGGCCAAUGGGGCCGUCUACCUGCUCCUCGGUCCCUUGAUCUUCUUGGGUCUGCUUCGCCUCUUCUGCUGGGAUCGCCGCUUCCUGUCUGUCUACGAGGUGCUUCCUGCCCUGGGCCUGGGGCCGAACCUGGGCUGCCCUCUCAAUGACCUCAACGUUAUACUGCUCUUCCUUAGCGCUAACGUCUCCCAGCUGCGUUCCUACAGCCGGCUCCGUGCCGUGUGCACCCUGAGGGGCCCGCGGGGCCAACUCCGAAAGACGGUUAUCAGGAGCGGGAGCAAAGGAGAGGAGGAGGAGAAUGAGGAGAUGGAGGAGCUAGAGGAGAGAGAGGAGGAGGCGAGAGAGGCGCUGAAGGAAGGAGAACACACCCUGGUGGAUAUGAUGGGCGUGCUGGCUGGGAUGGAAGGGAACGGGAAGACUCUGAAGAAGCAGGAACCCCCACCAGAGAACCUGGAGUUCUCUAAUCAGCAUGGGUGCCCUGAGUUGAAGGAGAUGCCGUCAUGUAGUUAUGCCUAAAGAGCUUUCAGCACUGGGACUGAGCCAGCAGGGUUGUGAUGUAAGGAGCUCAGGGAAUAGGGGUGGAGCUGGAGGGAGCCAAUUGGGCAGGGGCUGCAAAAGAAAGUCUCCAGUACCAUGUUUCCACUGUUCAGGUGGACGGUACCAUAUUCUUCCAUUGAUAUAAAGGCAUAUUAUAUUAGCAACUCAUUUUAAAUUAUUCUCAUACAAUUGGGAAAUUCCAAAAGCUAACGUUGUAGGGGGUGUGCAGAAAAUUAAGAUUUGACUUUCCCUUAAAAAUAAUCAUUCAUCUUGAAAUUAAAGUAUGUAAUACUUAAGGUGGGGGUUCAAAACUAGGUUGCAUUGCAUAUCUGUGUCUGCUUAGCAUGCAAAAUAUAAUUUAGUAAUGUUUAAAUCAACACAAAGAAUGUAUUUCGCUUUCAAAACACAGACCAUGCAUUUGACUGGUAUGUGGCAGUCCAGGUGCAUCAGGAUAUGAGGAAGCAUGGUACAUUGGACAGAGAACUGAGAGAUCAGGGGUGGGGGGGUUAGAUCAUUGAGAAAGGGGUGGGAAGAGAUUCAGGAAUUGUUCUAUGUUGGGGUGGGUCUUUUUGUAAUGCUUUCCAUUACUGGUGCUAAUUGGAUAAGAGAUUGCAGAACCACAAAUUCAAAACACAACUCAUGCAAUAUUUAUUGUUUUUGGCUAAUAUUAAGAAGGAACAAACAAAGGUUGAAUUAGCUUAUUUGAGUAAUUUUUUAAAAUAUCCUCCUCGGUCCUCCUUUUGUUCAGCAUACCAAACAUUUCUCAUUUGAAAUUGCCCACGCUGCUGUCAGACUGAGCCCUCGGUACGGACGUCCAGACUACUGAACGUUCAAGAUUUCGGGGUCCCAAAUAUUGCCCUCAUAUUUGAUGUAUUUGUGGUCUCAUGUAAAGUAAAUAACCUGGUCUCAGGACCGUGGAGGAUAUGUCCUUGUUUAUUUUAGUAAUCUUGACAAACAUUACAUGCAGUGUCGCACAAGAGAACUAGCAUACUGAAAAAGAGAUUUCCUGUGUUGUUCUACAACAUGUUAUUGAUGUUGCUCUGUAUUCAACUGUGCAUUCCCUGUAUAUAACAUAUGUACAUAAGUAUGCUGCAUGAGAAACAUAUGGGCUGCUUUUUUACACGUUAUAUUGCUGUGACAGCUUGAGCUGUACAUGUCUGCUUGAUUAUUGCGUGGCUGAAUGCAUGUGUAAAAUAAAAUGAACCUACACUUCAAUAAAUCUUUUUAUAUUCUGA